AUGAUUCAGUCCUGCGUCGAAGUCAUAGAGAACUGGGACGCUGUGGUCGAUGACUGGUCUAUACAGCCGCGAAGGCCAUCAGAGGCCACAUCUAUCACUAGUGAAGUCAAUCGCCUUCGAAGAAAGAUUAUGGGCUGGUUGGUGCCUAGCCUCGACGAGCACGGCAGUCCUUACGCGCGUCUGUCCAAAGAUGUUUCACAUAGACUGACCGAAAGCCUUCGGGACGUGGACCUGAUUGACGAGGCCUACGCCUCUAACAGUAUCACAGCUCGGAGUCCAGUCUAUCCGAUUAACUUACUCAGACAAAUAGAUGUCGAAUGCCAGGCCAUCGUUAGUGGACGCCUCAGUGAAAGAGAUGCUGCGGCUGCUGCAAGUGCCCGUAGUAGAAGUCUCCAGGCCUUGAUUUGUUCAACCAGCAACCAGGCUACGGGGCGAGGAAGAUCACAGGACCUCCCGAAUGCAGAUGCGUCAUUGAUUUCUGACAGAGUUCGCAGCUGGGGAUACUUUGCUAGUGUCCCAAUAUUGACUCAAGCAGCCUCUCCGUCGCGGUAUUCAGACACGUCGACUUGCGAAAGACGUCUUCCAGUGACUGCUAACGAGCUAGUUCCACCUCCUACAGAUUAUCCAACUUCUGGCGCAUCUACGGAGAUAACAGAGGGAGACCACAAUGAAACUGACGUCUCUGUCGAGUCUCGCAGCCGGCUCAACUGGCUAACUGAGGCAACCGCAUUCGCCCGUACUGAAGUGAGUCGUCUUCGGUCACACGAUCUCUCCUCGUACCGGCCCUCUUUGAUGGAACUGCGCGAUCACUGCGUCCGAUUCUUGGCCUUCUCCCAGUCCGUUGAGUCCUAUCUGGCGCCCAGCCAGGCAGACCGCGAAUUCCCACCAAGCCUUGACACUGAUCUGGCCAUUCUCGAGCAGACGACCCAACAGUGGCUGGACCGUCUCGUGACACUUGUCAACUCCAAUGAAGAAUUGAAACAGGAGAUCACAGCUUGGAGGACCGAGAAGACAGACACCUCUGCCGAUGUCUUUACAGAAGACCAGGAGAAGCAGCGUCCAAUGUCUAGCAUUUCGUGGUGGCACAACGUCCUCCAAACCAUCUCGGGCCUUAAACAACGAGUGCAGUCCCCGGGUCAUCCCGCCUUGAAGCUUCUCGCUGACCUGGUUGCUCAAAUUGAAUCGAUAGGUGUCCGA